CCUCCUCGAUGGGACUCUUGAAGAGAAACAGAAGUAUCACGCAAAAGCAGUUUGCGCCAAAAUCAUUGAAACCACAACAUACACGGAAGCUCAUACGACGGUUUCAUGUACUCUUGAAAAACAAAGCGAUUAUCCUCCAGAAACUUGCAUGGGAUGAUAAUUACGAGUCGGUUCUAAAAGGAAACCACAAACAAGUAUAUGACAAUGGCACGAAAACGGUUCAUUCGGAGAUGUUCAAGCUCGAGCAUAUGAACAAAUCAGAGUUAGUUCGAACUCUAGGGCAAAUAGAUGGCGAGAUUCACAAAAGUGGCGGUUUGGAAGUAUAUCAAAUAGCGUCGCAGCAAGGACAAAGUAACAAAAGAGGAAGUGAUUCGUCUAAAAAGUUGGUGGAGUGGCUCAAGCUGGCAUAUGAGCUACAACCACAUUGGAAGGCGCUAGAAAUCGGUUGCUUGAGUCCAGAUAACUUGAUUUCCACUAGUAAAUUAUUUGAAUCCGUUGUCCGCAUCGAUCUCAAUAGCCAGCACCAUUUGAUAUUGCAACAAGAUUUUAUGGAACGGCCGCUUCCUGCCAACCACGGGGAGAAGUUCAACUUGGUAUCCUGCUCUUUAGUGUUGAACUUCGUGCCAACGCCUAAGGAACGGGGUGAUAUGCUUCGUCGUAUUACCAAGUUCUUGGUUGAUCCGGGUGAAAACAUCUUAUCAGCGUUAUUUUUGGUAAUUCCAUUGCCGUGUGUGUCAAACUCAAGAUACUUGGACUACCACAAAGUCAAGGAGAUUAUGGAGGUGCUUGGGCUCAAGGAACGGUUUUAUCAUGAGUCGAACAAAUUGGCUUACUGGCUUUUUGACUGGAGCGGAAAGACCUCUGCCACAUCGGUGAAGAAGAUUGAGCUACAUAGAGGGGGGAGCAGAAAUAACUUUGCUGUGGUGCUAUAGAGAAAUAUUCCAAUUUUGCUGAUGAGUUGAAGAGUAGUGCAUUGUAUUUAACUUUGUGCACAUCUAGCACUGUUUGUAAAUCAAAACACUUUUCUUCCAAUCUUCUGUAUUUUAUUACGAAAUUAUACAAGUCCAAGUA